GACAUGUUAAACACUGUUUCUACAUGAAAUACCAGGUAGAGCUCAGUUAUUGUUUGUUAGCAGUGAUCAGUUGUAACAAUAUGAGGAACGUGACACUUUGUGAGUCGAAGUUAAACACGAAACAUUGAAGUUAAUUACAACUGGACCUUUGAGGACCAUCACGAUCCUCAUGUGGCCCUCAUUGAAAAUGAGUUUGACACCCCUGAUUUAGACCAUGACCUAGCUGAGUCAGCUCCUCCAAGAUAUAUCAUAUUUUUAUAGUAAAUUAAUAUUAUAAAUCCUAAAGCUGCCACAAAUAUAUUAUCCAACUGUUUAAUGGCAUAUUGAAAUAUGGAUAAAAUGAGAAAUCUGGAACAAAAAAUACUGAGUUUUUUUAUUAGAAUCUUUGGGAAAUAAAAUUGCAAUACUUUAUAUCACCUUGCUCACAGUAUCGUGAGCCCUGUGUCAUGAUAUGCAUCAUAUCAAAUUCUUUCUAAUACACUGCCCUUUUAAUGAGUGACAGGAGCUUGUGAGGAGCUCCAUAGUCUCCUCCGAGCUCCACCUGGAUGACGGCAUUAAAGAAAUUCAGGUGUCUCUCUGGAUGGUUCUGUUUCGAGGUUUUCUAGGCAGAUCCCACUAAGGCAGACCUAGAAAUUUGAAAAACAAUUUGAACUUCUAACCCCCUUGCCCUGACUUCAGUUUAGCAGGAAUAAACAGAUGGAUUGAUGAAUUUUAACACCAAAUUUCAUGACAGCUUGGUUGUUUGUUAUGAUGGACUUAACAAUUGGACAGAUGGAUCAACCAGCUGAACUACAUAUCAUCUCCUUCUGGGCUUCACUACUAGAAAACAGACUGACCCAGAGAUUUAAAAAAAAUUGUACAUUACUAUAAUGUCUGCAGAUUAACCUGCAAAAAACAGAACAAUCACUGAGCAAAAUAUGAUCCAGAGAUGGCCCACAGUAUGCCCACAAAAUGUACUUAAUUUUUAUUUCCAACAUCCAAAGCAGGAGAUUUUAACUCCCUCUCCUGCUGCUGUUGCUCUAAUCCAGUAACACUCCCUCUAGUGUGGCAGAUUUUGAGAUAAAGACACACUGAUCUCUGCUCCAGUCGCACACAGCAGCUCGCAGCGUUGGUUCUUUCUGACUCGGUGAGGAUGGAGUAGAUGACGGCGGAAAAUCUAAUCGGGCACAGACUGGUAUGGUCGUCACAUGCUGGCUGCGUUUAUCCCGUUUGGUUUAAAACUGGGAGCGUUCGACUGUAAACCCCAGAGGAAGUGUUUCACGUGUAUCAUCAUAAUGAGCGUAACGAUCUACAACAUCUCCUCCACCUCAGCCAGGGUGAGCUGGCCAGCCUCCCCCACCUGCCUGGACACCUUCUACAGCGUCAUGUACGACCCCAACUGGAACAGUUUGCUCAUGGGCUUCACUCGGAAAAGCUUCAAGCACGAGGAACGCAUCCCCGUCAGCCAGACCAGCACGCACCUGGCCAACCUCCUCCCGCAGACCGCCUACUUCCUGUGCGUGACGUGCCAGGCGGCCAAUCCGGUGCGGGACCAGUGCCAGGUGUUCAGCACUCAGAGCGAGAGCAGCGAGGGCCACGACAGGGCGAGCUGGGAGCUGGCCGUGGGCGUCUGGCUGACCUGCUGCCUCCUGCUCCUCGUCAUCGCCGGCGUCCUGCUGUGGGGGUGCCUCCGCAACACGUGCUCCGUCAUCCCCAGGCGAGCCGCCGACAGCUGCACGGUGGUGGCCAACUCCACCCGCCAGGACGCGUCCGAGUCGGGACACCUCUUCACGCCCCGGAGCAACAGCGAGGACAGCAUCAAACGCGCCACCAUCAUCCAGCCCUCGCUCAUGUCCACGCAGAUCUCCGGACACGUAAUUACCCAAGACCACGAGGAUGUUCGCUAAGCUGGCUGACAGCAAGCCAACUUUAAUCGACUGGAUUAAGGUCAUCACAGUAUUGUUUCGCCCUGGCUGAAUUGUCAUUGAGCCUUUUUUUACCCACUAAAUGAAAAUCAUAUUUGUCUUUAAAAUUACAUUUUAAUUUGAACCAUUUAAAUGUUUUGCACCAACAACUUAAAUAUAUAAGCUGUUUCACCAGUUCGUCUCUUAUAAAUAAGCAGCUCAGACAUUUACCUUUUUGUUUUUGUGAUUUAUCAAGUUUCUUUUUGCAUAAAUGCAUUGUCCCCAUUUAUUCUUUUGCACACCAUGUUUCCCAUAUUAAAGUUCUCCCCUUGUAUUAUAUAGAUAACUCAUACUAUGACGUGGUUAACAUUUGGCUUCAACAUGUGCUUGUGCACAGCUGGUCGGGUCACGGCUGAAGUCAAUUAAAAAAAAAGAAACAAAGAAAAAAAAAUCCUCUGCUCCUGGAAUCCAAGGGAAUAAAGUAGAAGUGAGGAUUUCUCUGGGAGGGAUGAUAAAAGAAAAAUGU